GCUCAUUAAAACCCUAACGCCAGAAAGAAUAAGAACUCCCUCAAAGGUGGAGGAGAGGAGAAGACGAUUUCGCUCUCUCAAAGUUCAGCAGGGACAGAUCGGACGCGCCGACCGAAUCGGCAGCAAUGGGCAAGGUUCACGGUUCGUUGGCGCGUGCGGGGAAGGUGAGGGGUCAGACGCCCAAGGUGGCCAAGCAGGACAAGAAGAAGAAGCCCCGGGGUCGCGCCUACAAGCGCAUGCAGUACAACCGGCGCUUUGUCACCGCCGUUGUUGGAUUCGGUAAGAAGCGAGGACCCAACUCAUCAGAGAAGUAAGCAUGAAAGGCAAGGAGGACUGUAGUUGUUUUCUCUUUUCUUCAUUUUGUUCCUUUUGAGGUGUUUUAGAUUGACUUGAUGGGAAAGUAAGUACUCGUAUUUGUAUUGCUAUCCUUAUAUGAAUGGUAAAGGUCGAGUACCAAUCAGAAUAUGCGUUUGUGGGAUUUUGAUGUUUGAUUGUCUCUCAUCAAGUUACUAUCUGUCAUUCCUUUUCCUUUAUUAUGGUCAUAUUUAUUUUUUUGAGGAA